AUGGAGCAUUACUGCGAAAAACCGUCCCGUUUCCUCUUCCUGCUCUCCCACUUCACGUGCUCCGCUCUAGGUGUCCUCCUUUUGAUCGUCUACUUCGCAAUCCUUGGCCCGCCGUUAAAUCUCGUUCCAAGAGUCACCCGGCCCUUCGUUUCCGCCCCUUCCGCCUUCCCGUCCGUCCAUGGAACUGAAGCUACGGAGGUGGAUGGGCAGUGGUUGGCAACGAGCGUGCAAGUAACGGUCGUGCGGACAAAACGGGAAGCCGGGGCCUUGGGUGGCAAAGAGAUGUAUGGAGAGAAUACGAAGCAGCGCAAUGAUGAUACUACCCAGCAGGGUAAUGAUACUACCCAGCGGGGCGGUGAAGAUACGCAGCAGUGGGACGAAGAUUCGCAGCAGAAAUCGGUGCAGCUGGCGCAACUGGCUCCGGAGGCGCAAUGGGAGCAGGAGCUGAGGCCAAAACGGGAAGCUGGGGAUUUGAGUGGUCAAGAGAAGUAUGGAGACAAUACGCAGCAGGGCAGCGAUGAUACGAAACCGGGCGAUGAUGAUACGCAGCAGCAGAAAUCGGUGCAGCUAGCGAGGGAGGCGCAAUGGGUGCAGGAGCAGGAGCUGUGGCAUGGGAAAGAAAUGCAGGCUCUUCGGAAGCAGGAGCAGCGAGCGCAGCAACAGGAGCAGGGUGCGCAGCAACAGGAGCAGCGAACGCAGCAUCAGGCGCAGCGCGCGCAACAGAAGGAGCAGGACGCGCAACGAAAAGAGCAGCGUGCGCAGCAACAGGAGCAGCUCACGCAGCAAAAGGAGCAGCGCGCGCAGCAAAAGAAGCAGGGAACGCAGCAGCAGCGCACGCAGCAAACGGAGCAGCAAACCCAGCAGCAGGAACAACAAGGCCCUCAGAAACAGGAGCAGCAGGGGCAAACGAAACAGGACAGCACGAAACGAAUAAAAACUAAUCGGAAACAUCGGAAGAACGUCGGUGUAUCCCCCAGCAGCAGUACUCGACUAGACACCUCCCAUGCGGCCUCUCAAGCCGCUGCCGGGGGGGACAAACGGAAACGCGCGGCCAGGGGGAGGGACGCGGGCGGGGAGGGCGGCGGUAGAGCGGGCAGGGGCGAGAAGCCCACGGCUGCGACGGGCGAGUCUGCUAGUAACACCACCGCGACGGCCACCCCUCCCGCUUCUCUCGACAUAACCGCCACGGCCGCCGCGAGGGCAUCUCGUGCGGCGAAUUCUUCUGGUGAAACGGGGGCCUCCGCGAGCGUAACCGUGGGGGCGGCGUGCAAGGGGCGGGCGAUUUACGUGUACCCUCUAUCGGCGCGCUUCAACCAGUGGAUGGUGGACGAUUGCGUUGAGAGCCGCAUCAAGGGCUUCUGCUCGGCAGAGCUGCAGGGUUGGAUGAAUCACGCUCGGGACCACGCCCGGCCGUUUCUGUACGCGUUUGUAGGCGGCAGGCGGGCAAAGGAGACGAUAGAGGGUGCGCUGAGAGGAGCUCUGCUGCGGGAAUGCGAGAUCGAACCAGAGAAAUGCUUACUUUUGGAAUGUUACAGUGCAGAUGCGGAGGCUGUAACUGAAGCAGCAGCCGAGAUCGGUCGGGAGGCGGCCAGUCGAAAAGCUGCAGCAGCAGGAAAAGGAGAAGGGAUAGCUGAAGGUAAUGAGGACGAAGAGCCUAGAGUGGAUCUUCCUGGGUGCACUGAUCCGAGGAGAGUAGCUGGCGCGAUGCUGCGGGCAGAGUUUUGUCUCCAGCCAGUGGGAGACAGCCAAACCCGCCGGUCCUUCUUUGACUCGAUCAUAGCAGGCUGCAUACCUGUGGUGUUUUCCACGGAUACGUUCGACAGCCAGUAUCCGUGGUUCUUUGACCCUAAGCCGGAGGCACGGCGGAAGAUUGCAGUCAUGGUGGAUCCAGAGGAUAUGAUUUCAGGCCGAGUGAAGAUUGUGGAGCUCAGCGACGUGUCGCAGUUCAUGAUGGGACAUCAUCGAGAUCGAGUCUCGACGCUGUGCUUCCCUUCCUCCUCGGCCACCUGUUCUACAAUCGGGGUGGUUCUGCUGGUCCUCUACUUCGUAGCUCUCGGGCCUUCGUUAAAGUCACCAAUCUCGUCUCCGUCUUUUGAUGCCAAGGAGCUGCACAGAGCGACGGAGGUGUCGGAUUCAGCCGUUCGUGGAGACGAGGUGGGAGCAAGAUUGAGCGGCCUGGACCCGGAGGAGCCAUGGCAACAGAAUCAGCAGGAACAGCAGAGCCAGCAGUAUCAGCAGGGUGAGCAGGAUGAGAAGAAUCGGCAGGAUCAGAAGGAGCAGGAUGCACAGAAUCGGCAAGAUGAGAAGGAUCAACGGAAUGAGCGGGGUCAAACGGCAACACCGCGCUUGGAAACUCAAGAGGAGCGGCAGAAGCGUGAACAAGAGCUUCUUCAGAAUCUGGGAGGGAAAGACGAUUCCGGAAACUUGAAGUGCAGCAUCAAAGGCACGCCAAGCAAGAGGACGAAGAUCAGUGGGUCGAGAAACGACGGCGACGCAAGGAAUCCCCGCGCGAGUAGCAGUCGCAAAGGCGGGGGUCUAAACUCGGAAGCGUGCGAGGGUCGGAAGGUGUACGUGUACAAUUUACCCUCGAAAUUGAACAGCGUGCUGUUAGAAGACUGCCUGGACACCAACGUCAAGGGAUUCUGCGCCACCAGCAGGCACGGAGGGCUGGGAACCAGACUGCCUCCCUGGGACGACUCGUUUGAGGGGAAGGAGCGGAGCAGCCGUGCUAGCAGCAGGAGCAGCAAGGCGAAACCUGAUGGUCGACGGCUGCUUUCAAUCAGCAGCAGCAACAGCGGCAACGGCAACGGCGGCAGCAGGGUAGCGGAGAGUGAGGGUUGGAGAAACCAGUGGUAUGCCACCGAUAACUCCAUGCUAGCUCUCAUCUUCCACUCGCGACUCCUGAACCACCCCUGCCGAACCUCGGACCCAGGCUCGGCAGAUUUCCUGUUCAUCCCGGCGUACCUGGGCUGGUCGAUCUGGUCGCUCGUGGAACACGGGCUGUUUGAGAAGCGAGAUGAUCCAGUGAUUGAGCUGGAGAGGUAUUUACUCGAGGAAAAUGCGGAUUUCAAGAGGCUGGUGAAUCGUGGCGAUCACGUGCUCGUUCUCGGCCGUCCGAUCUGGGACUUUAAACGCGAUUUGGAUAAGCCUGAGGGAUGGGGGACUGAUCUGUGGUGGCGUCGAACCUUCAAGAAUGUCACACUCCUUACAGUGGAGGCUCCUCUCGAGUGGUACGAGCGGGAGGUAUUUUCUGUUCCUUACCCGACCUGCUUCCAUCCGGUAGGCUCGGCAGAGCUCCAGGGAUGGGUUCGGCAUGUUCGGGAGCAGCCCCGGCCACACCUAUACUCGUUUGUAGGCGGGAAGCGAGCGCAUGCAACCUGGGAGGGCUCGCUAAGAGGCAUCUUGCUAAACGAUUGUGAGAAUGAUCCUAAGAGGUGCAUCUUUUUAGAGUGUACUGGUGCCGAUGCGGAGGCUGCGACUGCAGCAGCGGCGGAGAUAGGCCGGCAGGCGCAGAAACGGAAGGAAGAGGGGGACAGCAGGGAGGGGAAGGCGGAGGAGAACGAAAUUGAGCCGGAUUUUCCGCUGAGGGGAUGCAUGGACCCCAGGAGAGUGGCUGGUGUGAUGCUUCAGUCUGAAUUCUGCCUGCAGCCUAUUGGGGAUAGCCUCACUAGAAGGUCCUUUUUUGACUCGAUAAUAGCAGGGUGCAUCCCUGUAGUGUUUGCUCCAGGCACGUUUGAUUAUCAGUACCCCUGGUUCUUUGCUAUUGGAGAUGAGGCUCGGAGGAACGUGUCAGUCAUGGUGGCUUCGGAUGACGUGAUUGGUGGGAAGGUUCGGAUUGGAGAGGUGCUGGGGGGGAUAUCGGAGGCAAGGAAGAGGGAGAUGAGGGAAGAGCUUUAUAAGCAUAUUCCGAGACUGCUUCUAAGGGAUCAUACGAGAGAGGGGGAGGUGGGAGAGGAGGGGAAGUUUGUCGAUUUGGUGGAUAGCACCAUCGAAGGGCUGAUUGAGAGGAAGGAGAUGAGGAGAGCUGGCAUCGCCAAGAGCUAUUUCCCUUCGUAG